CUAAAUUAGGAGACGGUCCCUUCGCUCAGCUGAAAUUUUGGCUUUUUCAUUUUCAAAUUUUCCAUUCAAUUAAUUUAAUUGUUUGAUUACGUUUUUCGAUAAGUUAAUUACUUUGAUUGUUAUUUUAUUGAUUAACAAAUUGUUGUGGAAGCUCUAAAGAAUUGAUCAAGAUGCCGUAUGCUAACCAGCCUAAUAUUACGAUCACUGAGUCUAAUCGGGAGAAUAUUAAAUUUUCUAUUGAAGAUACAAGUUUAAGUGUUGCUAAUGCUUUAAGACGUACAUUUAUCUCGGAGGUUCCUACUUUGGCUAUUGAUUGGGUUCAAUUGGAAGCCAAUUCAACUGUACUUUUUGAUGAAUUUAUCGCCUCAAGAUUGGGUCUUAUUCCUUUAACCAGUGAUGAAGUCGUCGAUAAAAUGGCUUAUUCACGGGAUUGUGUUUGUACCGAUUUCUGUCAAGAUUGUUCAGUUGAGUUUACCCUUCACUGUAAAUGCAAUGAAGAUGCGACAAAAAAUGUUACUUCAGCUGAUCUAAAGAGUAAAAAUACUUAUGUUGUACCUGCAACCAAGAAAACCGAUGACGAAGAUGCUGAUUAUGGAGUUGAAAAUGAAGAUAUUCUAAUUGUCAAACUUAGAAAAGGUCAAGAAUUACGAAUUCGAGCCUAUGCAAAGAAAGGUUUCGGUAAAGAACAUGCCAAAUGGAAUCCGACCUCAAGUGUAUCAUUCGAAUACGAUCCAGAUAAUGCUUUUAGACACACAACCUUCCCAAUACCAGAAGAAUGGCCGAAAAGUGAAUAUUCCGAACUCGAUGAAACAAAAUCCGAAGCCGAUUACUUACGCGAUCAACAUCCAUCUAAAUUCUACUUCAACUUAGAAUCUUCUGGAGCCCUAAAGCCCGUCAACAUUGUUCUAAGUGGUCUUAACGUACUUAAAAAGAAACUCACAGAUCUACAAACCCAAUUAAACCACGAAAUCGAAAACGAUGCUCUCGCCAUCAUGUAGACAAUUAACUCCAUCAAAUCGAUUCAUUUUAACUUUUAAUUUCGAUCUCUUCUUUCAAAUUUCACCUUCAAAUUACUCAUUAAUUGUCAUUGAAUAGAUUCAAAUUCCAGAUCAUCUUAAAUUUGUGAGACGUUCAAUCAAAUCUUUCUGUUCGGCCUCAUCUCUAAUCAACGAUUGCUCCAAACUGUUCAAUCUUUCCAGUUCUUGUCGUUUCUCGUUAAUCAACACAAUUAACUGUUGUCGAUUAGAUUCCUUUUGCAUACCAACAGAUUUAAGUGAAUUACGUGAUCCCAAUGCCUGAAUUUAUACAAAACAGAAACAAUCAAAGGGUUACAAUUAAUUCUUUCACGUUCGAAUUGUUCAAAUUUACUUUGAUUUUCUCCUUUUCAACUUUCUCCUUAAGAUUGGCAACAAUUUGGAUAAAAUCAUCAACAAUUUCUUGAAAUUCCAGUGUACCUAUUGAAGGAACAGAACAAUCAACAAUAAUUAAUCAAAUUCAAAUUCAAAUUAACUUCUUACUUUGAAUAAAUUCUGAACAUUCUGAAGUUAAUUCAGUUGUAGUUUGAUUGGCAUUUGGAUCAAGAAUUCGGAUCCGAUUUUGAUCAUCAAAAUAUAAACCAAGUCGACUUAAAUUAUAAUCAGACAUUUUCGAUAAGUUAAUCGAAAAUAUAAUGUUUAUGAUUAAUUAAUUACCGUUACCUUAGUUACCUUCAAAUGAAAACAAUAACAAAAAGAUUAUCGGGUUACUAUGAUUACAAUUGGAUCAACAAAAUAAAUUGUUUUUUUUGUUUUAAA